AUGCCUAGUCUACAUGACACGAACACCAUCACAAUCAUGCGUCGUCCUCUGUUUCAUGGGCUAUGUCUCGACGACCAAUCAAAACGCGGGCAUAUCACAACACAUCACUUAUCACUCCCUAACCGGCCGGAACUAAGUUUUAGAUGGAAGAAUGGAAGAGGAUUGCUCGACGUACCGACGUGUAAUAUGGAAUACGAACAAUGUGUUUCAGCAUCUCUCGACUCGCGAGAUCGGAUGAUCGACAAAGUUGAACCUGCCCUUGGAGAUCCUAUAGGAAAGGUUGAGACAGUCUGGAGUUUGAGGUUUGAAGUCUGGACCGUGAUCAACAUCGCGGGAUCGACCUGUUUGGGCGAUGAAGCCGAUCAACUACAGGAAUAA